UCCACACUACUCAUUACUCAUUAUACUAAACCUCAGUCUUGUUCUUUAUGUGCCCUUUAAAUUUCCUGUCUUUUUUCUUAAUUUCUUCAGACAAAAAACAAAUACUUAGUUAAUCAAAAAACACUCCCAUUAUAGCUUGACUAAGGCUUAAGUGAUUGAUUUGAGGUAGGUAAACUACAAAUCUUUAACAAAUUUGUCUAUUUUACCUCCAAAUUUCCUAUUUAUAAACCACAAUCUUGAUGUUUUUUUACUACAAAAGCUUACAUUUUCUUGAAAUUCUUGAGUUUUAAUGAACUUGGUUUGCUGCAAAUGCAAGAAAAAAUAUUUUUGUUUCUUGUUUUGCCUCAAUUUAUGAGUUGGGUUUGAUCUCAAACCAAAAAAAAGCUAUGUUCUUCAAUUAAUUUUUGAGUUGGGUAUGAUCUCAAACCAGCAAAGUUUUGUUCUCUAAUAUUUGAAAUGUCUUCAUCAUUAUCACCAUAUAAUAGUGAUUACCAAAAACAAUCAUCUUCAAGUAACAAAUUAAACCCAGCUUUUCUGUUUAUUAUAGUUAUUUUAGCUGUAAUAUUUUUUAUUUCUGGUUUACUUCACUUACUAGUUAGGUUUCUUGUAAAGCACAGAUCUUCAUCAUCUUCCUCAGUGUCUGAAUCCAAUAGGUACCCAGAUUCCAAUGCUUUCCAAAGACAAUUACAGCAGCUUUUUCACCUCCAUGAUUCAGGGUUAGAUCAGUCUUUUAUUGAUGCAUUGCCUGUGUUUCUUUACAAAGAAAUUAUGGGGUUAAAGGAGCCAUUUGAUUGUGCUGUUUGUCUCUGUGAAUUUACUGAGUUAGAUAAGCUUAGAUUGCUUCCAAUUUGUAGUCAUGCUUUUCAUAUAGAUUGUAUAGAGACUUGGUUAUUGUCUAAUUCAACUUGCCCUCUAUGUAGAGCUACUCUUUAUACACCUGGCUUACCUUAUGAAAACCCUGUUUUUGAAUCUCAAGAAUCAAGAGAAGAUGAUGGCUUUUCGAGCAAUGUAGGUUCCGGUAUCCCCGUCGGACAAAAACCCGUUGAGAGCGAAAGAAUGAUCUCGAAACGGGUGUUUUCGGUUCGAUUAGGGAAAUUUAAAAGCUCAAAUUAUGAAGUAGUUGAGGAAGAGAGUAGUAGUAGUAAUUUGGAUUCAAGAAGGUGUUAUUCAAUGGGGUCAUACCAAUAUGUUGUGGCUGAAUUGGAUUUGCAAGUUACCACAUUAUGUCCUAGUAGUAGAAUUGGUAGUGGUAUUGGACCUAAUUGUAGUUUUAAGUUUGUGAGAAAUAAAAAUGGACAAAUUGAGGGGUCUUCAUCAAAUGAUGGGGAUGUUGAAGGGAAGAAGAUUAAUAUUAGGAGUAAAGGUGAAAGCUUUUCUGUUUCAAAGAUAUGGCAAUGGUCUAAAAAGGGUAAAUUUUUGAGUUCUUCAGAAAAUCAUCAUAUGGGUGGCUUGCCAUGGAGUGAUACAACUCAUGGGACUUGAAGGUAAUUUUUGUUGUAUCAUUUGGUUUAAUUGUACUAAUUAUGGUGUUAUCAAUUAAUUAAUCCAAUUGUUUAAGCAAAAUGGCUUUGUUUUUGCUUUA